AUGGAUAGUAACAUCCACGCUUCCCCUAACCACGGUGUUUACAUUUAUAGAAACAUCCACGCUUCCCCUAACUACGGUGCUUACAUUGAUAGUAACAUCCACGCUUCCACUACCUACGGUGUUUACAUUGCUAGAAACAUCCACGCUUCCCCUAACCACGGGGUUUACAUUGAUAGAAACAUCCACGCUUCCCCUAACUCCGGUGUUUACCUUGAUAGUAACAUCCACGCUUCCCCUUCCUACGGUGUUUACACUGAUAGUAACAUCCACGCUUCCCCUUCCUACGGUGUUUACACUGAUAGUAACAUCCACGCUUCCCCUACCUUCGGUGUUUACAUUGAUAGUAACAUCUACGCUUCUCCUACCUACGGUGUUUACAUGGAUAGUAACAUCCACGCUUCCCCUAACUACGGUGUUUCCAUUGAUAGUAACAUCCACGCUUCCCCUAAAUACGGUGUUUACAUUUAUAGAAACAUCCACGCUUCCCCUACCUACGGUGUUUACAUUGAUAGUAACAUCCACGCUUCCCCUAACUAUGGUGUUUACAUUGAUAGUAACAUCCACGCUUCCUCUACCUACGGUGUUUCCAUUGAUAGUAACAUCCACGCUUCCCCUAACCACGGGGUUUACAUUGAUAGAAACAUCCACGCUUCCCCUAACUACGGUGUUUACAUUGAUAGUAACAUCCCCGCUUCCCCUAACUACGGUGUUUCCAUUGAUAGUAACAUCCACGCUUCCCCUAAAUACGGUGUUUACAUUUAUAGAAACAUCCACGCUUCCCCUACCUACGGUGUUUACAUUGAUAGUAACAUCCACGCUUCCCCUAACUACGGGUGGGUGUCGCGAUAA